GCAUUACUGUUUACACGCUCAAGAUACCUAACCUACAUUAUUCGGGUGAGCAUUGUUGAUGAGAGAAGGCUGUAUGGAUGCAUCUCACGCAAAGCAACGCUCACCGAUGAGGAGACCGCUCCUGUAGCAGGUGCAAGUACUUCUACUCAUUCACGAACGUCCUGGCAUCAGAAAGGAACAGAACGGAACAGAAUAGAAGGCUCAAGUACUUGAACGCACAUUCAGACGCUCUGGACUCUGUUAAAUAGCGUUGUUUACGUCACACCAGCAAACACCCUGAAUUCACCAUGGAAUUGAUACAAGUGGCCGAUGAUGUUGGAGAUGAGAUGACGCUGGUAAGCUACAAUGGCCGGAGAUACCCCUUGUUCCCCGGAUCAAUGCAGACCAGACCGUUGGAAAAAAUACCAUCUGUAGAAAUUCGUUCUGACGAUAUUAUAGUGUGUACUUUCCCAAAGUCAGGUACCCACUGGGUCUGUGAGAUGGUUCGCCUGCUGGUGGCGGGACAGCUUGACCAAGAUAUCGGCAAGGGGUUUCACGUGAUUGAAGGUUUCAGUGAAGAUACCUAUAAAGAUCUCCCUUCUCCAAGAAUCCUCAACACCCAUUUGUUGUUCAACGAACUUCCGAAGCAGGUUAAAGAAAAUAAACCCAGGAUAGUGUAUGUGACUCGGAAUCCCAAGGACGUGACUGUGUCAUACUUCAACCAUGUGAAGAAACUCAGUUACAACUAUUCUGGGGAGUGGAAGAAUUUCGUCCGACCUUCACUGGAGGGGAAAUUUGACUACGGUUCCUGGUUCGACUAUGUGAAGGACUGGGAGGAGGUGAAGAAGACAACUGACGUCCCCAUACUGACACUCAACUAUGAAGACAUGAAAGAGGAUGCAUUCCGCGAGAUGAAAAAGAUGCAGACCUUCCUUGGAACAGAGAGAAGCGAUGACUUUCUGCAGAAAGUAUGUGAUCGAUGCAGCUUUGCCUCCAUGAAGAAUAGCAAGGAACCUCUGUCUCAAAUCAUGUACAGAAAGGGUGAGACUGGGGAUUGGAAGAAUUGGUUCACUGUGGCACAGAAUGAGUGGUUUGAUCAAAUCUACCGGGAGAAGAUGAAAGAUUGCCCUUUGGAGUUCAGAUAUACGUUGAAAUAAUGAUGUUAUGGAAUGGCUAGAGUUGAUAGAAAUGGAUGGAGUGCAUAGAAUAGUCCGAGUGACUAACACAGGUAUAGCAGCUGGAAGGUGCACAAUGGCUGCCUAUAGUGUAGUCAGCAGUGAGAGAGGGUAGAGUGACAGGUGUGAGAUGUGAAAGUGGGUACAGUGAUGUGCAGGGGAAAGCUGGCUUGGACUGGAGGGUGUGGAGAGAGUUAGCAGUGGAGGGUAUGCAGUCGUUUGAACCGACGGAGUGAGUGGGCAGCUAUCAUGGAAAAAAUAGUGUGCUUUGCAUGAGUGAGUUUUAGUGAGGCCGCUUUUAAUAGCAAAAUUCCUGCCAUAUGGUAGCGGGGGACACCAGGAAUGGGCUUCACACAUUGCACAUUUCAUUAUUGUUCCUCAUUGUCUGAAUGUUUUCUCAAAUAAAUGGGUGGAUAGAGUGAAAGAUGGUGGGGAGCGGAGUAGUGAGAGAGAGGGGUGGGUAAAAGAGUGGGUAGAGAGGAAGAUGGUGGGACAUUGAGUGGUGCGAUGAGAGAGGAAUGGGGGUGGAGUAAAUGAAUGGGUGUAGAGGAAGAUGGCGGGACACUGAGUGGUGCUAUGAGAGAGGGAUAGGGGUGGAGUAAAUGACUGGGUGUAGAGGAAGAUGGCGG